UGACUACGUGAAAAAAAAGAAUGGAAGGAAAAGCCUUUGCGAUUGUAUUAAACAAGCAUAUAUAAUGGUGCUUGGUUUAGAUGUACAAAAUCAGGCCGCACUCCUUAAGGUCGUCAUUCUCGGCCUUAUUUCUUUUGUGGCCAUAGCCAGUAGAUUAUUUAGCAUUAUUCGUUUUGAGAGCGUAAUUCACGAGUUUGAUCCUUGGUUUAAUUACAGAGCAACGCGAUAUCUAGUUUCAACCUCUUUUUAUGAGUUUUGGAAUUGGUUCGACGAGCGUUCAUGGUAUCCAUUAGGUCGUGUUGUAGGGGGAACUGUUUUUCCAGGUUUGAUGGUAACUUCGGCUACCAUCUACAACAUUCUCCAUGCGCUUAAUUUUCCUGUAGAUAUUCGUAAUAUCUGUGUCUUGCUCGCUCCAGCAUUUUCAGCCUUUACUGCCAUAUCAGCAUAUCUUUUAACAGCUGAAAUAAAAGACUCCUCAGCUGGUCUUUUGGCCGCUGCUUUUAUUGGCGUAGCUCCGGGUUACAUUUCGCGAUCCGUUGCUGGUUCUUAUGACAAUGAAGGCAUAGCAAUAUUUUUGCUUAUGUUCACAUUUUAUCUAUGGAUUAAAGGGCUUAAGGAAGGAUCUGCUUUUUAUGGUGCUUUAACCGCGUUAUUUUAUUUUUAUAUGGUAGCUGCAUGGGGUGGUUAUGUUUUUAUAAUCAAUUUAAUUCCCCUUCAUGCAUUUGUGUUAAUAUUAAUGGGAAGAUUUUCAUCUAGACUAUAUGUAGCAUAUUCAUCUUUUUAUGUUCUUGGUACAUUAAUGUCAAUGCAAAUUCCAUUCGUUGGGUUCCAGCCCACUCGAACAAGUGAACAUAUGGCAGCUUUGGGUAUAUUUGGUAUAUUACAAAUAAUUGCUUUUGUGGAACUUGUAAGAACUCAUCUUGCUUCAAAGAUUUUAUUCAAAAGUUUUAUUGUUUUUUCAUUCGUUGCCAUGUUUUCUGCUUUGGUAUUAUUAACUCUGGGUGGAUACAUUGCACCAUGGACUGGCCGUUUUUAUUCUUUAUGGGAUACAGGAUAUGCAAAGAAAUACAUACCAAUUAUUGCAUCAGUUUCAGAACAUCAACCAACUGCAUGGCCUUCUUUCUUUUUUGAUUUGGAAAUGCUUAUUUUCCUUUUUCCUGUUGGAAUAUAUUUAUGUUUCCGCGAACUAAGAGACGAACACGUUUUUGUAAUUUUGUAUGGAAUUACUGCAUCAUACUUUGCUGGUGUUAUGGUUCGUUUGAUGUUAACAUUGACGCCGAUUGUAUGCGUAACAGCAGCUGUUGCUGUUUCACGUUUAUUGGAUUUAUAUCUUGACAUAAGUAAUUUGGAAACGGAUCGAUCAGUAGAUAGAUCAGAAUCAGAUAUCAAAGGAAAACAUAAAAAGCCUAAAGAAGGUGGAUCUCGUUCAUCACUCAACCAGUCUAAAUCAUUUGGAAUUAAGGGCUUUGAUACUCGUGCUAUAGUUCUUAUUAAUUUCUAUUUCUUUUUGGUCAUUUUUGUUUGGCACUGUACUUGGGUUACAUCUAAUGCAUAUUCGUCACCAUCAAUUGUUCUUGCAUCAAGUCAUCCUGAUGGAACACAAUUUAUUAUUGAUGAUUUUAGAGAAGCUUAUUAUUGGCUUAGAAAAAAUACCGAUUAUAACUCAAAAGUGAUGUCUUGGUGGGAUUAUGGAUAUCAAAUUGCUGGUAUGGCAGAUCGUACUACUUUAGUAGAUAAUAAUACUUGGAAUAAUACUCAUAUUGCUACAGUUGGAAAAGCUAUGGCUUCUUCUGAAGAAGUUGCUUAUCAAAUUAUGAGAAGACAUGACGUUAAUUACGUUUUAGUUAUUUUUGGUGGGCUAUUGGGCUAUUCAGGUGAUGAUAUUAAUAAAUUUCUUUGGAUGAUAAGGAUUGCCGAAGGUGUUUAUCCCGAUGAAGUAAUAGAAGCAAAUUUUUUUACUUCUCGUGGUGAAUAUAGAGUAGAUGAUGAAGCUACUCCAACAAUGCGUAACAGUAUAAUGUAUAAAAUGAGUUAUCAUAAUUAUAAUGAACUUUUUGGUGGACAAGGUCAGGAUCGCGUUAGAGGUGCUCGAUUACCUUCUGAAAAAAUUAAAUUAAGUACACUUGAAGAAGCUUACACGACUGAAAAUUGGAUUGUAAGAAUUUACAAAGUAAAGGAAUUAGAUAAUUUAGGACGUAGUUUGGAACAAGCGGCUGCAUUUGAUUCAGGUAAAAAAAGACGCCGAACGAAAACUAAAAAGAAGUCAACAAAAAAUGCAACAAAUGGAUAAUCUUUAAUUAAAAAUGGAGGUUUAAUUUUUUGAUUUGCUUAUUCAAAUUACUACAAUAUCUAUUGUACAGAUUU